UGUCUGGCUCAGAGUAACGGGACAGGUCCAACCUUCAGCCCCAGUAGUGAAUGGAGAUGGGUCAACAAUAACGGCUCCGUGCUUUUAUACAUUUUUCACAUUUAUACUGUGCAGGAAUUUGUUUAAAUUAUUAAUUUAGACCUCAGGUGCAGUUCGCUUUGUCUAAUUGAAAAGAGACUUCCGUCAAUUAGACAACACCGGCUUUUUGUUCCCGUCCGUCAUGGCGAUUGCGCACGUCGCCACCGAGUACGUUUUCUCCGACUUUUUGUUGAAGGACCCCUCCACGGAGAAUAAAUACAAAGGGCUGCGGCUGGAGCUGGCGGUGGAUAAGAUAGUGACGUUUUUGGCGGUGGGGCUGCCUUUGUUUCUCAUCUCCCUCGCUUUUGCUCAGGAGGUGUCAGUAGGUACCCAGAUCAGCUGUUUUGCUCCCACUAACUUCUCCUGGAGACAGGCCGCAUAUGUGGAUUCAUUUUGUUGGGCAGCAGUCCAGCAGCAGACUGACAGCUCACCACUAUGGCUGCACAAGUUCUUCCCAUACAUCCUCCUCUUACUGGCCAUCCUCAUGUACAUCCCGGCCCUGUUCUGGCGUUUCACCGCAGCUCCGCACCUCUCCUCUGACCUGAACUUCAUCAUGGAGGAGUUGGACCGCUUUUAUAAUCGGGGCAUCAAGCUGGCCAAGAAUCUGGCAUCCAUAGAUAGCAAAGAUGCCCCCGAGGACACCCACAGUGCCUUGGAUCUGACUGAGAGUUGCUUCAAAUACCCUUUAGUGGAGCAGUAUCUGAAGACCAAGCGCUUAUCUCACCGUCUCGUAGUCAAGUAUCUGUCAUGUCGAGGCCUGACUCUGCUGAUACUACUGCUGGCCUGCAUCUACCUCGGCUACUACAUCUGCCUGGCCUCCCUCACUGACGAGUUUCCCUGUGACCUGCGCACGGGGGUGCUGAAGAAUGACAGCAUGGUGCCGUCUGCAGUGCAGUGUAAGCUGGUGGCGGUGGGUGUCUUCAGGCUGCUCAGCUACAUCAACUUGGUGGUGUAUGUGCUUAUUACUCCACUGGUGGUGUACGCUACUCUUGGACCAGCUCGCCAGAGCUCCAGCUUCCUCCGGCCUUACGAGCUGCUGCCUGGCUUUGGUGCUUUGGGUGUGGAUACACCCUUCUACAACGAUCUCAGUAUCUACUUGCUGUUUCUGCAGGAGAAUCUGAGCGCACUCAAGUCAUUUAAGUGUCUGCAGGUGCUUGAGUUGCUGCAAGAGGCUGGUGAUGAGGGGUUUGACACCAUGUGCCUACUGCGAACUCUGGGUCAGGUGAAGACUGACGUGUUAGACAGUAAAAAGACGUGCUCACGCCAGAGCAUCAAAGAAACUAAUAAAGCUGAAGAAUGAUUCCUCUGGGAUCUUUCUGCUUUGUUCCUGAAUGAUCGACCUGAAGAGGAUAAGACCUAAUGUGAUGGAAGAACUGUGAGGAAAAACCUGUGGACUUACAUUUAUCUGGAUUUCUGGUGCUGUAUUGACCUACAGCAGUGUGAUCAAAAACAGAGUCAUUCUGCAGAUUGGCCAACAGAUAGUUUACCUCUCUGAUGUCUUAAUGUGAAUACUUCCACUACUUUUUGUCUAAAAUGAAAUCCAGUGUUUCUAUUUUAUUCUUUGAUACACUCUUUUCUCAGGAUCUUAAAUGCCUUUCAUUUAUAACAUAUAACAUAAGCCAUGUUCCUUGGAUGGAAAUCUGUACAUUAGCCCACAUCCUGCCCUUAAUCUUAUAAUGAGUGUUUGAACGCAGGGUUUUCAAUGUAUUUGUAGUUGAGGUGGGGUAAUACGAUGAGAGUGUGGUGGCAGUUUAUGAAAGUUUGUCCAUCCAAAGUUAAGCAAGCAUAAAAUGAACAUGAAUUGUAAAGUAUUAUAAGAGCCACUGGAGCUGCUUUGUCUGGACUGUAAAGUGUGUGAUUAGUUGUGCAUUAAUGUGCUGUUGACAGCAGCUGAUAUACUGUAUAUGCUGAAAGUAAAACAAAACCCUGAGACCUGUGCAUUUUACAUGAACAAUGAAUUAAUAUUCUUUGGGGGAAUAAAGUGUCAGUAUCAGUUGUUGUAAAAGGGAAAAUCUCUCAAGCUUUCAGGGGCCUUGUACAAUUAAAUAAUGUUGCUCUCA